ACUCCCUCACCGGCGGGCGUCUGCGGCUGGUGCUUCGGAACGCCCGCUCGCUAAUUCUCAGGAUGGUCGACGCGGAAGCGCUGGACGCCGAGAACUUUGACGGGUACUUGUGUUUUCGGGUUCGCUGUCCACUGCACGAACAGAGCCUAUUCCGAUUCAAGGCGGCCAAGUCCAAAAGCGAAAAGGAAAGGCUUUCGGCGACGACCGCGACCACGCCGACGGCCCCGGAAGUUGACUUGCAACACCACAAGCACGACCUGCUUGCUGUCACUGGUGAUAAUGGGAAUAAAACAACUUUGAGGAAACGGAAUAAAAAGAAAACCACAGAACGAGAAAAUUCAGGAGACCAGCCUGGCCGUAAAGCCGCUUCCUUAUCUGCCCUUGAUCGUCACGAAAACGACGUGAAGAAGUUGAAGGCUGCUGCUGAGAUGGGAACAGCAAAAGGCGAGAGACUAGGACUCACGGAAGAUAAAAACAGAAGGUCAACAGAGCUAGCGUCGGACGAGUUUAUCAACCGCAAAAAUGUCUGGGUCUGGAAGAUUGCCAGGUUUGUCAUGCAUAUUUUGAAUGAUCCAUGAUGUCUGUGAUGCAUGCCCUAGCAUCACAGAUCCUUAGAGGACUUUGUGAUGCCUUUACCGCAUGAGAAAUGCCCUUUCCGCGUAGCACAAACUGGAGUCCUCGUGCUGGUCAUGCAAUACAAAGUUUUUUAGAAUCCAGGGACAGCAUUACAAGUUUAGAACCUUCCAGACCCAGACAUUUUUACAAUCCAUAGAGUUUUCUGCGCCGCCACAUCAGCUGGCAGAGCUGGCUAUCCCACAGAAAAAAGCUGGCAGGACAUAUUUGUAAUGCAAAAAUAAAUACACAGAAAAAUAUAUCAUGGGCGGCCUCAUAGCAUGCUGUUUAGGAUACGCAAUACAGAUUUCUUUGUGUCUUUAUGCAUUACAAAUGUGACCUGCCAGCUUUUUUCUGUGGGAUACUGGCGAGGCGAGUGCUGCUCACGCAACCGGCCAGCAUGAAGAAGUUCGGGUUCACAGGGUGGAUGUUAUCGAAAGUAGACGAGAGUCUUCUGGGUGACAAGUCCAAAUCCGCGGCGGAAAAGCUGUACGAAAUUUUUGGCGCAAGGUUUGACUUUUCGGAAUUCCCCCGUGUGGUCAUCGCUUCCAUCAAGAGCAGCACCUCAUCGGUGGACGAGAAAAAGCCUCCACCCGCUGUCAAAGGCGGCAAUGUGCCGGGCGACAUGCUUCUCCUGGCCUUCGACGAGAAAAUCACCCGCUUGAGUGACUGGACAUAUCGCAAGAAAAAACUGUUUCAUUGUAAAGUGUAAACUUGUAAUGCAGAAAAUGCAUCCGAAACGUGUUUGUCUUGCUACACAUGCAAGACAAUGGAUUUUUAGCUGUGUUUAUUUCCAUUGAUUAGGGAUCUCGCAUGGCAAAUUUUCUCUAUGAUGUAGAACGGACUUGUGAUGCAGAACUUGCAAAAUCCUUACACUUACAGUGAAAAACUUUUUUCGUACGAUAGGACGGUAGUACCGUCUGAAAAUUCGCCUGCAGCCCCUGCCACACCACGACCCGAUGGAGCACAAACGGCAAGCCAGGCAGACGAAAUUUUUGCUUUUUCCCCGGAGGAUGUUCUUGUCGCAAAGCUCACGGAGCAGCUCGCGUUGAAGAAGGCACUGGAGGAGGAAACCAAGCGCCAGCGGGAGAACCACGGCACGGAGCAGGAGGUAGACCUUUCGCAGCUGAGAAACCCGAAGCCGUUACGGUUUACCUUUCUGCGGCAGAAGUUUGCAAGCCGAUUCUUGCAGCUGGUCUGCAAGCCGGGAACGCCGCCCCUCGGCGUGGAGUGGGCCUUCGGCAAGUCCCGAAUCAAAAUCGGUAGAAUUGCCGACCGCAGUUGGGCCCGAGCUUGCGAGCUGGAGAAAGAGGAUGAAUUGCUGGCGAUCAACCACAAGUGCUGUUUUCCGAUCGCCGACAUGACUGCGGCAGAGAAGCAAGCCCUCGAAGUGAAGGUGAAAGAAGAAGCUGGCACUGCUGAGCGGGACCGGCCGGUGUACCUGCUUUUCUGCCGGACGAGCGCUGAUCCCUUUCCCUACACUGCCCGAAUAAAGAACCCACACGUUGUCCACCUUCAGCGCCGCAUUCCCCUCGAAUGGCAGGAGAGCAUCCACGCCAGCCUCCUCGCUCGCUCCCAAAACGCCUUUGGAGGAGAAAGUAGUCGUGAAAGAAGACGAAAACCAAAAGCAGACCCACGGACGACGAAUAGUAGUCCCACGAGCGCGAGGAACACCAGCCCCGAACAACCAGGACCGCACCUUUCUGCCAAUGGUGAAGAGAACAACAAGUCUCCAGGAUUUUUCAAGAGAAUGUUGCAGCCGUUUAUGUUUGCUCCAGAAGACGACGACGAGUCGGAUGCAGAAAAGAACCAGAACGAGAAGAGCAGCGACAAAAAAACAACCCCAGAGAAGAAAAGUAAAACCACCGACGCGCGAAGGAAGCAAGAAGACAACUUUCACACCGCAGAUGGCCCUCAGGGUCAGGCGGGCGAUAGUUUUACUGAAAAAAAGAAGCAAGAUGAAAACCAAAAACAAGGAGGACUACAGGCCAAACCGGCAGGAGCGAUCGCGGCGCCCAAACCAGAGCCACCGAAGUUACCGAUCCCGUGGUACCAGCAGACGAACUGGCUGGCCGUGAAGGUGUGUCGCACCCUGUACCUCACCGACCACCUUCGGCGCCGCAAGAGCGACCGCGCGACCCUGCGCGAGCUCGAGCGCCUGAUUCAGCAGUGGCGCAGUUGGGAGGAAAACCUCCAGGCCGGAGAACGGAGGCUGAUGAGUUUGGUCGACGCCGAGUCCCACGAUUGCAACAAAGCCUAUGGCGCGCUCAAACAUGAUUACAUUGAUGACUGUAAGUAGUACAUAUGAAGACUUGUCGUCACACAGAUGAAUAAGUAUCACCCUCCAGUGGAACUCCACACCAAUCAUCAAGAACAAGCUACUUUGCAUGACAAGUUCUCGACGGCGCACUGACUUUACAAUUCAUUGUAUGUAAAGCCACACGAAAUCUGUAUGUGCAAGACGCGCAAGCUCUUGUGUAUGUGUUAAUCCAUAUCCAGAUGCUCCGUACUAUAAUCCGUCCGCCUUCACUAUACUUUUGCAGUAAUGUUGCGUCACAAAGUCGCGCCGCAAGAGCAGCAAACAAGGUACUAUACGUGUGAGAGCGCCAUAGGGUGGAAUGGAAAAGCGAAGCGCGCGAGGCCGAGGGCAUGACUGCUGCCGACCGCCGCAGUCACACACUGAACGGCAGAACAACGGAAGACUUGAUCGUUGGCCUCCUGGCACGUAAAAAAACGCGGGAACACGCCUCGAAGAUGAAGGACGGCUUACAGCUGGCAGACGGCUACAGUAAUUUCCCAUUUAAUAUUUCCGUUCCGCAGUACACGGAGGAGGAGCGGGCUUUUAGUCAGGCAGAAAGGCUGAAGUUCCUGCCUGCGCUGAUACGCCAGGCAGCGCAAACGCCCACCGAGUUGCACCAGCUGGAUUUGCUUGCAACCGUCCCCGCACUCCACCGACGCGAUUUCGGCCUUGUUGGUUGGGUGGAGUGGAAUCUGGGCGGCCUCGAGGCCCUUGUCGGCGGCCAAGAACAAGCUGCAGACGCGGCUGCUGCUCGUCCGGGACAAAACGCCAAAGGCAAAGGGAAGAUAAACAUCAAGGGAACGAAUAAAUCAUCCACGAAUAAGGGAAAUAAAGCCAAGGUCAACGAAGGCCACCAGGUUGUUGUGAAGGGCAAAACGAAAAGCAAUUAUAAGAUUAAUAAAGGACCGUCGGUGGCCAUGGGGCUUCCGCGCGACCAGGAGGACGAUGUUUUCCUGAACAGAUUCGGCUUCGGCGUCAGUUGGACGCAAAAAUUCCCCCGCGUGGUGGUCACAAAAGUUUUGCCUGACUCGGUUGCGGCGGGGCGCGGACUGCAGCCCGGAGAUGUGUUGGUGAAAGCCAUGAACGCGGGUCUCACCGAGAUCCUUUCGUUCCCGGGCUCCACGCCGACAGAAACACUAUUGAAAAGGGCAGUAGCGAUCAAGAACCGAGCCGACAAUGACGCCAGCGACUUUGACGUUGACGACCCUUUUAGUGUUUCCGUUGCGGCAGGCGGGGCCGCGGGGGAAGCCGGCGCGCCACCUAAAAUUACUGAACACGCCGGCGGCUGCGAGUUUUUGUUCCUGCAAAACGAAUUCGAAUACGUGCAGCUGGGUGUGCAGAGCUUUUCCGAAUUUACAGAAUCAGUGACACUCCAAUCUCGCAGACGAGUAGACGAUGGCCGGACCACCACGGCCAGCACGACUGGUCGUGCUGCAAACAACACAGGUGGCCCCGCACGACCACCCUUGCAACAAGUACUUAUCCGGGAAAUCACACUGGGAAAGUGGGCCGACAGACACCACCUGCAGGCAGGGGAUGAGAUAGUGGCGGUCAACAAGCACUUUCUGCCGCUUGAAGUUAAUAAGACGCAGCUGAAGAACGACCGCCGCGAGUUGAAAAUGAAUACGCAAUCGACUGAAGAAGCCGAAGACGAUGAAAAUAACUCGGCGGCCCUCCCAAGCGCUCUGCUGGAGAAAUUUUUCCAUAAAAAAACUCCAACUGGUAGAAGUGCCGGUAAAGAAGACGAGGGACGCUUCAUAUUUCCAGAUGGAACCGUCGCGGAGGUGGAUCCGAGCGAGACUUGGAAUCAAAUUCUCGUUUAUCAAAUGUAAAAAUGUCUGGGUUUGGAAGAAUGCAACUUGUGAUGCUGCAUUUGGAUUCCAAAAAAAUCUGUAUUGCAUGACUACCAACGGGAAUGCAAUUUUUGCGACGCUGAGUAGAAGGCAUUUGUCAUGCGGAAUAGGCAUGAAGAAGCCCUCAAAAAAUCUGUAUUGCUAGGGUAUGCAUCACAGACAUCAUGGCUCAUGCACAACGUGCAUGACAAGUGUCAGAAUCUUCCAGACCCAGACAUUUUUACAUUUGAUAUCGUUCGCCGCAUCACAAGUUUGCCCGUCGGAGCAGCGCGAGACCUCACUGCCGAUAUCGCAGCGAGGAGUAUCCAGUUCAAAUAUGUCGGGGUCUGGAAAAGUGGAAAUUCCAAUUAUGCCAGAGAGAGCGGCACUAGGAAGUAGGCUGUUCAACAUCAAUUAUGACCAUUUUUCAUUGUCUUUGUCACAAGUUUCCAGGCCUCGAGGACAUAUUUGCAAAAAUGCAUAAGGAGCCUAAAGGAGCAACAGCGACAUCUCGUGGCUGAACUGAACGUCGCACAGCAGCAGGUCAAGCUUCCGCUACGCCAGGAAUGGAUUGAUGCCGAGGUGCAGAAGGAACGCAGGCUCCUAAAGGGAAAAAAGGGCAAGAAGAAGACCAGCGCCCGCACAGUCGAGAAGAGUUCUUCUUCUAAAACGUCGUGGCUGACCGGGUUGCGACGGUUUUUCGGGUUUUAUCCCGGCGAGCGAGAGACAGACGAGGACACUCAUCCCGACGAGGAACGCGUGAGCAUCCCCAUUUUCGCUUCCUCGGGCAUUUCUUAUCUACUGCAGCAAAAAAACCAGGGCGUAACGGAAACCGUGACGUCCCGCGCGGACGAAAGCAGAACGGAAAAAAUACGCGGCCCGAGAGCUGAAGAGGAGUCUGAGGGCGCAGGAGAUCCUGUUUUUGGAAACGGCCUUCGCCUUGACAGGCGCCACAGAACUGUUGGUGAUCAACGCCGUGUUGACUUCUUGCGAAUGCAAGACCAAGACGCCACGACCAACAAGUACGACUACAACAACACCGCUGGCGCGAAACGAAAACAGCAUCGAAACGAGGAAGCCACUACAUCACAGGAGAGCGUCGAAUUAUAUGGUGAAGAUGAGCUCGACCACGCAUGGCCUGUGUCAUCAGGAUCUUUUGAUGCAGGUCUCAACGCGUAUGCCACGACGGAUGUAACUAAGCAAGCCCGUGAUCGUGCGAAUGCCACAGCUCGCGUGCGAAGAUCUCAAGAACUUAAUCCACAGCAUGCGACAGAUAACCCACUUGCCCCGUUCCUUUUCCUGCCGGAGGUGGCGUUGGCCAAUUUGCAGCAAAUGGAGCAGUAUCGACUGCAAAUAUGUAUAUGUCUGGGUCGGAAAGAGUACAGAAGUUUGCCAUACAGUUUCGCGAUAGCCCAGAAGCUCUGGAAUACGGGGCCUUGCAUCACGAGUUUGGCAAGGUCCUUGCACUGCCUUUCAAGUUACCCAAAAAUGCAUAGCUUCAUCGUCUUCUUCUACUAUACUCAUGCGUGGCACAUUUUUGUGUGACUGACAGGGAGCACAUGAUGCUCACGCACUAUAAGUCUACUGCACCUCUAAUUGUAUUCCUGACCCAGACGUGUUUGCCAUGCAUAAUGAGCAAGAAGAGCAGGACGAUCAUAGAGACGCACAGGAGGUUGUGAAUGUAGUUGACGAGCAGGGCACGGUCGUUGUGGGUGAAGAGGUCGAGCAGCUGCAGCAAGAAGACCUGGCGAUGGAAUUGGCCGACUUUGAGAAGCUGGACCGCGAGGGGGAGCCCGCACCCUUCCUAUCCACAGCAUAAAUUGAAUUUAUAUCAUCUGGGUCUGGAAACUUGUAAUGCGGAACUGCGGACGAUAGACAUAGGCUUCCGCUUGUAUGAUUAACCGCAGUCACGCAUAACAACAAGUACCAUCUCUUCGCGACCAGACCCAGAGAUGCUUGUAGUUGAUAGUGACCGGCGGAGUACGAUUUCGACUACGGAUACUUCGUCCUGAAGGACGACCCGCGCCAGGCCGCGUGGGAUAUGGGAUUCUCAAACUUUAAAUUCUGAAUUGUUACAAGGAUUUGCCAUGCAAAAUUAACAUCAAUUGACAUUCACACAAUGAAGCUAGUACUUCGCAUAUACAAAUUUUUGAAUGGCUGCACAGCGUGUAGAUCUGUGCCGAAUUAUUUGUAAUGCUAGAAGUGCAAGCUCUCCCUUUCAAAGUUUGCUACUACUGCAGCAAAAACUCACGCAGCGCUUGAGAAUGUAACGCUUGAGAAUCCCAUAUGGGAGUUUGACCGCCUCGAUCGCUUGGAAACGGAAAAACUGAAACGCGUAUUCGAUUUCAAAAGCAUGCUGCAGCAGGCAAAAAGUGGAGCACCAGCGGCGCCAUCUCCAAGGGGAUGAUUACUUAGAUGCCCAAGUUGUAGCGCUGCCGCGUUCGAGACGCGCGGCAAGCGAGAAAAAUACCCAAAGAACAUGUGGGUGGCAAAUUGAAAUUCUGAAACUGGACGACGCCUGCUACCGGGCAGAUGUUCCGACGACACAAAGUUAGGACUUUUUGGAAGGACGGCAGCCAUUACUGCAGCAGCUAGUACUACAUCGAUAGUCAUAGUCACGUAGGAACGACUAACUUCAUCUCUGCCUCUGCAACCAAGGAAAAAGCUGUUGAGGUUGCUUUGUUCUCCGGCUUUUUGUGUCGUCGCCGUCGGGCAAUGGAGGUACGAGUUUGGUCGAAGAUCAAUGUCCGGCGGACAGG